GCGGGGCAGCCCGGAGGGUCGGACGUCAUUGUGAAACUGUCCUCUCUCUCUCUCUCUCUCUCCCAGAAAACAACACAUAACUAAAUAAGUUAGCAAGCAGAUAACUUUGCUUAACCAGUUUAUCUUUUUAAAACUCAUUUUAAACUAACGUUUACAGUCUGCGAUAACUGGACGAGGGAGAAACCCGACGCUGACGUGGACCACCUGAUCCAGGGAGAGGGGGUUAUUUUCCUUCUGCAUUCCUGAUGGAGUCGUACAGAGUGACUGGCAUUCCUAACAGCGGACCACAGCGGGGCCACACUCAGCUGUCCCGCCCCUCCAGGCCCCACAGUAAUGGAGCUGGUACAUACGGUCUCAGCAUCCGUGUCCAGGGUAUAGAUGGACACCCCUACGUAGUUCUCAACAACCAGGACAGGGGUCCUCAAUCCUUUAUCGACCCUAACAGUAAUGGGUACAUCGACACUGAGGGUUCUUUUAUUGAGAACUACCAGGAGUAUGAUUUCAGGGGAGGAAAGGAGCCUGAACCCAACAGCCCCUUCAUGGAGUACAGGUCUCAGAAGAUGAAUCAUUACACUGGUCCUCAAAAUGGCAUUGCAGAUUCACAAGAAAAGAAUCCAUCCUCCCUUCUGAACUUUCAGAAGCACCCUGAGAUACUACAGCCGUAUGAUCCAGAGAACAACUCCCUGAACCUUGACACCUUCCACAGUCUGCCUUCAAGGCCUCUGCCUCUGGCUGAGACUGGGAACCAACAGCAGAUUUCUUCCUCCAAAUCUGCUGUACAUGCACCGCCCAACGGCAAGUCAUCAAGCCUGGAUCGGCAUAAAGCUCUUGCGCAGCAAGAGAAAAGACAACUUCCAUCCCAGAGCCUGAGUAAGACAACCCUUCCUCAGCCAAAGUCACAGCCCCAGUCUUUCCCUCCAACCCAGCUUGCUCAGCCUCAGGCCAUGCCACAAUCACAAGUAGCUCAGCCGCAGUCCAAACCUCGUCUCGCCAACCUGAAUCCACCUCAGUCAAAGCCAGGCUCUAAAGCUCGGCAGCAGCCAGUUCCUCCCGCCCAGCCUCAACCCUCCACCGUGUCUAGUCCCACAAGUGAGCACAGCAAGACAUCAUGCAGAUCUCCCACUUCUAUGAGCAGCGCCAACUCCAGCCUCGAGCUUUCCCACCGUGAGCCUGAUGUCCUUCCUCUACGCAGGACUGACUCUAGUGGUCCAGUUCUUCAGUCCUCAUCCCGCUCCCGCCACUCCUCCUCAUCUUCCACCUCUAAGGCUCCGGUGGAGGACCAGAUGGACGCCCUCUACGCAGACACCAUCAACCGCCACGAGAACCGCCGCUACAUCCCUUUCCUCCCAGGUUCAGGCAGAGACAUAGACACAGGCUCCAUUCCUGCUGUCGAUGAGCUCAUUGAGAAGUUUGAUGGCAACGAUGGAGGCCAUCAGCGCAGGGGCCGGACAGGACGCAGGAACAGGAUCAAUCCAGACGAUAGGAAGCGCUCACGCAGUGUGGAUAGUGCCUUUGGCCUGCGAGAUGGCUCUAGCUACGUGGACGGGAUUAGCAGCCAGCAAGGCACAUCAAUGGAGCAUGUCCUGCGGCCCUCACAGCUACGGCAGAAAACAGCCGGCAGUCAGGACUCCUGGAUCAUGGCUGUAGAUGGUAAGGGCGAUUCCAGGGCUUCAUCUCGUGUCACCAGCGCGCCCGGCUCGCCCCAGAGCACCAUCUCUAAAGGUGUCUACGCCAUACAGGGUUACAAACAGCCACGGACUCGCACCUCUUCAUUAUCAUUCAAGAGUAAGGAGAGCGAGGACAGUGUUUCCUUAGCUGGAAAGGUUACAACAACAUCGCUGUCAACAUCGCUAUCGAAACCUUCGACCACUUUAGACAAAAAGCCCAGCAUAGAGGCAGAUGUUCAGGCGACACCUGAUCUUCUGAAAGGUCAACAAGAGCUUUCACAACAAACGCAUGAAGAGACAGCAAAACAAAUUUUGUUCAAUUACCUUAAGGACGGAAGCGUGGAUAAUGAUGAAACGACGAAGAGAAAGGUCAACCUCGUCUUUGAGAAGAUACAGACGCUGAAGUCUCGGGCCACGGCGAGCGCACAAGGCGACAACAAAUCUCUGGAUUUUGCCGCACAGACGAAAGCUCUGCAGGUGCAAAAUAAUGAACUGGGGAAGGAAAUGGCCGAACUGAAGAGACAACUCGAGGACCAAACCACGAAGAAUCAGGCUGACAAGAGGACAGUAGCAGGUUUGAAGGAGCUGCAGCGGGAGCUGGAGCGGAGUGUAGAGGAGUGUAAGCGUCUGAAGGAAAAACUAGCCAAAACAGAGUUCGAGCUCCAGAACACAGUGGAAGAGCUGUUCCAGGUGAAGAUGGAGCGGGAGCAACACCAGACAGAGAUCAGAGACCUGCAGGACCAGCUGUCAGAAAUGCACGACGAGCUCGACUCAGCCAAGAAGUCAGCCGCAGAUGGAGAGAAAGAGCUCAUUAUGGCGGACAUGAUGCAACUGAAAGUGGAGAUGCAGGAUAUUCUCCUGGCCAAGGAAGAGCAGGAGGAAGUGCUGAGGAGGCGAGAGAGGGAGCUGACAGCUCUGAAAGGAGCCCUGAAGGAGGAAGUGGCCGCUCAUGAUCAGGAGGUGGACAAGAUGAGGGAGCAGUAUGAGAAGGAAAUAGGCAGGCUGCAGACGUCUUUGGUGGAGGCCAAGCAGAGCAGCGCAGCAGUGGUCCGUGAGAAGGCUGAAGUGGAGGCAGCCAAGGGUGCAGUGGAGGGCCAAGCAGGACGGCUGAACCAAGAGGCCGAUCGGCUGCGCAGACGGGCACAGGAGCUGGAAAAUGAGGUUGCCAAACUCAACCGCAUCAUCGAUGAGACCAAGCUACAGGAGAGCAGGCAGGGGGAUAGAGCUAGCCGGCUGGAGAGAGAGAGAAAGCAAUUGGACGAAUCUUUGGCUGAAAUUACGGAGCAAGAAGAGGAGAUGUCGCGUGCCAAUCGAGCGUUGACCAUUCGGUUGGAGGACGUGCAGAGGAACUUUUCCAAACUGAGCACUGAACACAAGGAGUUGGAGGAGAUGUUACAAGAAGAGAGGACUCAGAAGGAGCAGUUCAAGCACAUGAAGAACGACAUGGAGGAUGAGAGGAGGCUGUUGGACCUCACAGUGGAGAAACUUCAGAAGGAGAUGAAUGAUAUUGUGGACGCGUCCCAGUCGUCCACUCUAGAGCUGCAGGAGCAGAUUGAUAUUUAUAAAGAGAACAACCGUCGGGAGCUGACGGAUCUGCAGAAGCUUCUGAAGGAGCGAGGACAGGAGCUGGAAAAGUGCCUACUGGCAACCAAAACCCUGCAAGAAGAGUUGUCACACCGGGAGGAGGACCUUCGGCAGUGUCGGAGAGAACGAGACGAGUCCGUGCUCAAGGAGACGACGCUGGAGAAAAAGGUUCAUGAUCUGGAGCUGGAGACCGAGACAAAGACCCACGCUAAAGACGAUAAAGCUCGACAAAUCAAACUCAUGGAGGACAGGAUCGUUCAGCUGGAGUUGGAUUUGAGUGAGGAGCGUCAGAGUGGAGACCAGCUGAUGGACAGGAUAGACCGUGGAAGAGAGCAGGUGGAGCAGAUGAGGAAUGAACUCCUGCAGGAGAGGGCUAGCAGACAGGACCUGGAAUGUGACAAGAUGGCUCUGGAGAGACAGACCAAAGACCUGAAGGGCAGAGUGGCUCAUUUUGAGGGCUCCCAAAAGUCCAACAAAGAGGGCCUGGUAGCCCAGCUGGAGGAUCGCGUACAGGAGCUGGAGGGGAGGCUGGAGGGGGAGGAAAGGGAACGUGCCAACCUGCAGCUGGUGAACCGCAGGCUGGAGAGGAAAGUAAAAGAGAUGAUGAUGCAAGGUGAAGAAGAACAUCACUCAAUGCUAGAUCAAAAGGACCAAUUGAAUCUGCGUCUAAAGGCCUUAAAACGGCAGAUGGACGAGGCUGAAGAGGAGAUCGACCGUCUGGAGCACAGCAAGAAGAAGCAGCAGAGAGACCUGGAUGAUCAACAGGAAGUCAACGAGCAGCUCCAGAGCCAGCUCAAAGCUCUGCGAAGUGAGAUCAGGCGUAAGAGCAACUCUGCCCCGCUGCUCAACACUCUGGACGACGACGACGAUGACGACACCAGCACCGACGGGGAGACGUACUUCAGCUCAUCGUUGGGGUACAAGCGCUCCUCAAGUCAGGACAACAUCUUAUCCACCUACACUUUGUAAACAAAACCCUGAGGUGGAGGAUAAAGCUGCUUUAUAUGCGUCAAUGUUGGACCAAACAGCUGGAGAUCGAUGUGCUUUCUGAAAACAAAAACUGUAAAUAUUACACCGAAACAUCUGUGCCAUUUAAUUCUGGGUCCAAUCUCGAUGUCCAUAAAUACACUCAGUAUUAUUUGAGCAGCUCUAAGAUUAAUGGAUGAAAUCAUAAAGGUUUUAAUGUUUUAAUCUGUCCCGUAGAAGUUAAAUGUAUAUACUGUUUAAUUUGAUCAUUUUACAUUCCCAUAGUAAGUUUUAUGAAUAUUUUUAAUUUCUAUGUUGAGUUGUUUUUCUUUGUUAACAAAUGGAUUACACAUGAUUAUCCUAGCAUUAGUAAACUUGAAAACGCACUCUUUAAUGCACUGUAAAACAGCGCAACCAGUACUGCCUUUGUGAACUAUAUGAGGUUAUUAAUCCUCACUUUUUUAUGCCUAUCAAAUAUUUUAAAUUUACAUACAGUAUCUGAAUAUACAUUUUUGUAUCUUUCAGUUAAAUAAAAUAUAUUUGCUUUUUUUUUUUUUAUGAAUGAAGAUACAAUCCGAGUAUAAGAAGUGAGGAGUGCCAGGAUGUUUUUUUUAAUUUAUUCGUGGUUGAAUACACACAAUCCUGGCUCAGUGAGGGUUUGAGGGAACAGUAAAUGAGGGACUUUGUACACCUCCAUUUUUAUACAGUUUUAUAUGGUUUGAUACGAAUGAUAGAUUCAUGAAAUUAUUAACAGGCAUUUAUUGUAAUUUUAUCACAAAGGUUACUUCAAAUAUUAGUGACACCACAGUAUUGCUUUUACAUCUACUGGAAAAGCCUGCUUCAUGCAAUCAUGUGAAAAUACCUUAAUUCACUUUCUUUUUAUAUUUUCUGUGACUUUGAUGCUGAAUAAAACUUCUAGCAUUUGCAGCACUGAACAAAGCCACGCAUAUCAAAACCAUUUAAUCUCUGAGGACUUUUAAACUGGAAAAACUUCGAUCUCUGGCGAUUUCUCUCCUGAAUGGUGCAGUGUUGAUACUGAACGUGAUUUUAAGUCUUUGUUUAACCUCAUGCAUGUGUGUUUUAAAUGGAGCCACUGUGCAUCUAAAGCCUUGCAAUGCCUUGUACAUGUCCUCUAAUUUUCCUUGAACUGAAUGAGGUAAUUUCUUCCGAUGAGAUAAACUGACAUUUUGUAUUUUGCUACACUGUGAUGAUUUGCACUCUCUGUUGGCUCUGCGCUGAAUAUGUCUGACGCCUGUGCAGGGAGAGUGGAAUGAGACAACUGCUGCUUCUACCUCUCUGUACACAUUUGUUUGUUCAUAAAUCCUGCUGAGACGAAAAUAAAGUUACUUCCAGUUACCCUCA